GAAGAAGCCGCAGCAGCAGUUGCAGGAAAGGCGACGAAGAAGAAGAAUGACAAUAAUGUCGAACGGAAAAUAGAUUGGACGGAGUCUGUGUAACGAACGUUAAAAUAACCCGUUUACCUCGAAGUAUUGCCAUCGAACAUAGCUGCAUUCUUAUCGCUAAAGUAUGACAGAGCCUCAGUCAGCGCUGUUACUCAGGAGACAGCUUGCAGAGCUGAACAAAAACCCAGUUGAGGGAUUCUCAGCAGGCCUGAUUGAGGAUGAUGAUCUCUACAGAUGGGAAGUCCUCAUCAUUGGUCCUCCAGAUACAUUGUAUGAAGGUGGUGUGUUCAAAGCUCAUCUGACAUUUCCCAAAGAUUACCCUCUCAGGCCACCUAAAAUGAAAUUUAUCACAGAUAUUUGGCACCCGAAUGUUGACAAGAAUGGAGAUGUAUGUAUUUCUAUUUUGCACGAGCCCGGUGAGGACAAGUAUGGUUAUGAGAAACCAGAGGAGCGUUGGCUGCCUAUCCACACAGUGGAAACCAUCAUGAUAAGUGUAAUCUCUAUGUUGGCUGAUCCAAAUGGAGACUCACCGGCCAACGUGGACGCUGCAAAAGAGUGGAGGGAGGACAGAAAUGGUGCAUUCAAAAGGAAAGUUGCCCGCUGUGUACGGAAAAGCCAAGAGACUGCGUUUGAGUGAUGUUAGCAAGAAUCUAGCUUCAUGUUUCAGGGUCUUAAUUGAAAAUCAAGAUGGCACUGUUUCCUGAGCUCUUCCACCCACCGGGCUUAAUUGCCUUUGUUUUGGCAGGAACAGACUGGCUAUUGUAGGCUACAGCUGAACAUAAUGAUGACUACCAAGGCUGAGAAAACACCAAGCAAGUGCCAACUCCAAAAAAGUAAAACAAACCCAGAAGAUGAUAAAACAUUUUUCAAGUCUAUGAACUGCUCCAACUUUCAGGAAGAUAUUGUAAAGACAUGUAUAUAGCACAGACUAAACUGGAUAAUAUAUAAGCUCCCUUUCCAUCCAUGAAGACUAGACCAAAUGGAUAGCGCUGGUUGACAUAGAAUUUUAUCCACUCUCCCUCUCUCCACUCCAGCAUGCAUUAGUUCUCUUCAGAUUGUUUUAUCAGAAUGUCUUAAAUGGAGAAUCGUGAUCCUUUUGGACGGAUGUCACCUGUGAAGAAGAGUUGAUUCAAGUAAGACCUACAUAAUGUGACUGAUGAAGGUUUUUUUUUCCAUCGUACUUUACAAAGCUGUUCUCUCAACAAUGUACCUGAAUCAUUUAGUUUGUCCUCGUCUCUUGUAAGUCUUACCAUCUUGCUCAGUUGACUUGAGAAAGGCAACAUAUCCCUUACCUUACAUACCUUUAUGUGCAUGCUAAAUUUUGUUUAUCUUUUUCAAAAGUGCCUCCUAAUAAAACGCUUGGCCACUUCA